GUUCUGAUGACGUAGAGUGUUGUUGGUCAUGAUGGCGUCUCUCACAGAACAGCCUUACUCAGAUCUCACUGAGAAAGAAACUAGAGAGAAACUGUUUCACUGGGACCAGCGAGCUGAUCCAAUGGCGCCGUUAACCGACAAACAGACGGACUCGAUUCUUGAGAUCCGCGCCGCCGCUGAAGUGACUCCGAUUCCAUCUGAACUCCCUAUUGAGGACAUCUGCAGUCUGGCGUCUCGUUCUCUGCGCUCAUCUUUCACUACGACUCUGCCAGCGUCCACCGAGGACGUUCUUCUGCAGGGUUUCCAAAUGCUGGAUUUGGAGAAUGAAAGAAUAGAGACCGCUCAACAGUUCUUUAGCUGGUUCUCAAAGCUCCAGACUCGGAUGGAUCAAGAUGAAUCUGCUAAAUACAGGACGACUCGAGAUGUGUUGAACGGCUAUCAGGAGCAGUGUGACGCCAUUCUGACGGAUGUCAACACGGCUCUGCAGCACUUGGACUCUCUACAGAAGCAGUAUCUCUUUGUGUCCAUUAAAACUGGAACACUUCAUGAAGCCUGCGAACAGCUGUUGAAGGAGCAGUCAGAGCUGGUGGAUCUAGCUGAGAGCAUUCAAGAGAAACUUUCAUAUUUCAACGAACUGGAAAACAUAAAUACGAAACUGAACUCGCCAACCGUAUCUGUGAACAGCGAGGGAUUUAUACCGAUGCUUUCCAAACUAGAUGAAUGCAUAGAAUACAUUUCAUCACAUCCCAAUUUCAAAGACUACCCCGUCUAUCUCACCAAAUUCAAACAGUGUCUGUCCAAAGCGAUGCAUCUAAUCAAGAGCCACACUGUCAACGUCCUGCAGAACCUCACCGGACAGCUCACUAAACGGGACCCGAUGGGCGUUCCUAACGCUGAUAACGCCUUCACGCUGUACUAUGUGAAGUUCAGAGCGGCGGCACCUAAAGUUCGAAGGCUGAUUGAGCAAGUUGAACAGCGAUCUGAAAAGAUUCCCGAGUAUCAGCAGUUGUUGGAUGAGAUUCACCAGUGUUACCUGGACCAGAGAGAAGUUCUGCUCAGCCCCAGUAUAAACUCCUCCAUCACAGACCUCACCAGCCAGAACAGCAAGGAUCACUGCGCUCUGAUGCGCAGUGGUUGUGCAUUCAUGGUCCAUGUUUGUCAAGACGAGCAUCAGCUUUUCAGUGAGUUCUUCUCCAAACGCACCUCUAAACUGGACGAGCUCCUGGAGAAACUGUGUUUGUCACUGUAUGAUUUUCUGAGGCCUCUGAUCAUCCAUGUCGUUCAUCUGGAGACGCUAUCCGAACUCUGUGGCAUCCUGAAGAUUGAGAUGCUGGAAGAUCACGUUCAAAACAACGCGCUGCAGCUGGCAGCAUUUGACGCAGUCGUGAAGCAGAUGUUGGAGGAUGUUCAGGAGCGUUUGGUGUACCGAACACACAUAUACAUCCAGACUGACAUCACUGGAUACAACCCUGCACCAGGAGACCUGGCCUACCCCGACAAACUGGAGAUGAUGGAGAAAAUCGCUCAGAGUCUGAAAGAGGAGCAGAUGAAGUUGACGUCCAACAAUUCUUUCUCUAACGUACAGCUGGAGGAAUCGGACAAUAAAAAGAUCGGCUUGGUAGAUCAUCGAUUACAGAGCAGCGUUUCUCCAGCAGAUCUGCACGGCAUGUGGUACCCAACUGUCAGACGCACGCUAGUGUGCCUGUCCAAACUCUACCGCUGUAUAGACAGGUCAGUGUUUCAGGGUCUGUCACAGGAAGCACUAUCUGGCUGCAUCCAGUCGCUCCUCAAAGCCUCUGAUGUCAUUCACAAGAACAAGACUCCGAUCGAUGCGCAGCUCUUCCUCAUCAAACAUCUGCUCAUCAUGAGAGAACAGAUUGCACCUUUUCACGCCGACUUCGCCAUUAAAGAGAUUUUUCUGGAUUUGAAGAAGACCAGAGACGCCGCGUUCAAAAUGUUCCACCCGAUGGUUGUGCCCAAAUUCUUCCGGCUGAACAGUCACAAUGCCAUCCUGGAGUUUUUACUGGAGGGCACACCUGAGAUCAAAGAGCACUACAUCGACUCAAAGAAGGACGUGGAUCGGCAUCUCAAGUCCAGCUGUGAGCAGUUCAUACAGCAGCAGACCAACAUGUUUGUGAGCAACCUGGAAGAAUUUCUCACCAAGGUAGGAGCUCUAAAAACGAUGGCUGUUCAAGGAGGACCAACGUACAAUCUCUCUCAGCAGCCGUGGGCACAGCCUGCCAAAAUAAAUGACCUUGUGAUGGCUACAUAUCGAAUAAUGAAAAACAAGCUGCCCGGCACGUUACAAAGCAUGUCUUUAUAUCUGGCCAAUAGAGACACAGAGUUCAUUCUGUUCAAGCCGGUCAGGAACAACAUUCAGCAGGUAUUCCAGCGACUGCAUGCAUUACUGCAGGAAGAGUACAGCGGAGAGGAUCUGCAGAUCAUCGCAUGCCCAUCUAUGGAGCAGAUAAGUUUGCUGCUCUCGGUGAAGUGAAGUGCGCUGGACGCUGAAGUUCCUCCGUCCUCUGGUCACGGCAACACUGAUCGAAGAGACCAGACCAGAACCCCUCCGUGAGGGCUUCGUCCUGAACGUUCCAGAAGGUUUUGGAGAUAAACAAGUCUUUGAGGUUUUCGGCAAUAACAGUGUGACGCUCUGUUGCUGUUGCUUGAUGGUCACUCUUUCGUUUCCUCCUUUUUGUGUUGAUUCUGAUCCAUCUUGUUCAGAUUGAAAUUAUAUGUGGGCAGAAAGACUGGAGUGCUGAUAGUGUCGGGUCAGGCAUUCAGAACAGAGACGAGUAAUGUCCACUUGGUGGCGCUGUGGUGCAGAGAAUUGAUGUAGACAAAAGGGGAAAUGCCUUUUAUAGGUGAAGGAAACAAGAUGUGCAUAAAACAUAUUUAUUACAAAUAAAUGCAUUUUGUUAUUAUUUACCCACCCUCAUGUUGUUCCAAUCCCAUAUGCUGUUAUUUUUCCCUCUGGAACUUUUUAAAGGGUUAUUUUGAGGAAUGUUCAGGCAGCUCUGUUCCAUAUAACAAUGUUCACAGUGACCACGACUGUCCAGCUCCAAAAGUAACAUAAAAUCAGUUCAUAUGAAUUCAAAUGUGCUGCUUUCCAAGUCUUCAGAAGAUAUACGAUAGCUAUGUGUGAGAAACAGACACGAAUUUAAGUGUUUAUUCACUGAAAAUCCGUCAAAGCUCAAAUCUCAAAAAAUGUUGCAAACGCCGUUGGUUCUGGUGUCACAUGACCAGAAAUGUCUGUUCCUCAUACAAGCUUUCAGUUGGUUUGGAUAGUGCACAAGUCAUAUUGACUACUUUUAUGGUGAUUGAAUGGUUGGGUUUGGGUUUUGGGGUACUAUUGCAUAAAUAAUUGACUUCCUUUUUUGACAGGAAUGACAUGUUUUGUACUGUUUGCUGUGAAUGUAAUUUAACCCCAAUGUAAAUCAUUAUUCUGAACUAAAGAGCUGAAAGUUUAUUACACAUUGUGCAUAAUAUUCUUCCAGUCCUGCUUCAUACAUGCUCACACAGUCACUUCUCCGACUGCGAUGUGGAGAUGAGAUCUGGUCAAGUUGUUUCGUGGGACAGUAUUAAACAUUGAUUCAAAUCUUUCAAGCAGCUUUUAUGGAAAUGAUCUCUUUUGAUUUUUAUGUGGUUCUGUUUUUUGAAUGGGGCUUUUAUGGUGGAUAUAACUCCUCAUUUUCUCCUGCGUUAUUAUUCUGGCAUUUCCUUUUUCUUUAAUAACAGCUCUGCUGUCUGAUCUUCAAUCUCAGCGCCAAACAUUGACGACUAAAAGAACUUUUCAAUGUGUUUUCGGAUGCCUCGGCUUCUGCUGUGUAAUCGCAGGGAAGUAGCUGAUGAUGAUUUAUGUAACUAAUAAUUCUUUGAAUCAGUUUUAAACUCGUUUGGAGAGCAGUUGGCAAAUAAAACAUACAAAUAUAAUGU